AUGUUGCUUUUGAUGGAGUUGACAAAAAAGAUCAGGUGGAAAUUCGUAAUUCAAAAUUUCGCCCAAGUCGGCCUAAUGAUCUUCUAUUUCGCCUUUAUCCUGGAGCAAUUUGUGACGCCGGUCUUUUAUACCUUUGGUACACAGCCUUUCGAACCAAUGUGGUUCGUCAAGAAUAUUAUCGACGCGAGCAUUCCCGGGGUCCUCGUUUUCAUCUCCGGGAACUAUCUUCUGCUGCACGCGUGGAUGAAUGCCUGGGCGGAGAUGCUGCGAUUCGCUGACCGGUUGUUUUAUAAGGAUUGGUGGAACUCCACGUCCUACCGCAUGUAUCAUCGCACGUGGAACGUGGUGGUCCAAGACUGGCUCUACGCGUACAUCUACAAGGAUAUGUACGAGAUCGUGGUGCCGCGCAACAAGUCGCUCGCGACCUUCACCGUAUUUCUCAUAUCAACCAUCUGGCACGAAUAUAUCUUUGCGUUCACGUUCCAUUUCUUCUACCCAGUGUUCUUGAUUGUUUUCGGCGUAUCCUUUAUUCUAACCUUGUGCAACGUCUUCAACAACAUCAGCAUGUGGGUGAGCUUCUGCAUCGGCAACGGCAUUCUGGUCAGUUUGUAUGCGACAGAAUAUUAUGCCCGUUACAACUGUUCGCCAUAUUCCGAUUACUAUGCGGACUUGCUUCUACCGCGAAGCUGGAACUGUCAGAGGCAACUUGCCGUGUAGGGUGUUCAUCUUCCAGCGAUGAAUUCUUUUCGCGGGAUAAUUUAUUUACCGUUUCAGAGAAACUAUUAGCGGGGAAUUAAUCUCGAAGUGAAAAGUGACGGAGAAGCUCUCCGCUAUUAUUGUACAUAUGUUAAUAAUUGAUUAUUAUGCAUAAUUACCGGCAAAUAUAUAUAAUUAUUGAUUUUGUUAAAUUUAAUAAAUUUCAUAUGUAUCAUUAUAAUAUAAUAUA